GUGAAUUUAUCAAAUAUUAAUUUAUUAUUACAAAUACCAUUUGUAAUCAGUAAAGAUAACAGAACUGUAUAGAACGACCAUGGUAAAGCAGAGUGACACAUAUCAAAGACAGAUUGUAGAAUAUCAAGAAUAUUCAAAGGAUUAAAUUAACAAGCGGAUAUAACAAUUUCCUCAAUUUUAUUAUUUGGAUUCAGGAAACAAGGGAUAGAAAUAAACAUUACAAACGUUUUCAAUAUAUUUUGAAACGAAAUACAAAUAUUACAUAUUUUGAAUAGACUGAUACAAUAGACGUAGUGGGUCAAUGCAGGAGAGGGUCGUCACCCCCAUAGUUCCAUAGAUGCCUAAGCUUUCCCUUUGCCUUCCCGGCCGAGAACAAAACAAUAAUGACAAAGAGAUACUCACAGAGGGAUCUGGGGAGUACGUCCCCGGGGUGUUCACAAAGAGCGAGGACUUACAGCUCGAACCCGGGGACAGAAUUGAAUUUGAAAGGACUUUGUAUGAACACUGGGGUCUGUGCUCGGGUAAAGAUCCCGAGGCCAACGAGCCCCUCGUUAUUCAUUGUGUGCGGGUACCAUACUUGGGUAAACUAGGGAGCUUUCUUCAGGGAAAAUGUAUUAUAAAAGAAGAGACUUUAUCAGCCGCGGCUGAGGGGCGUAAAGCCCGCGUAAACAAUAGCAGGGACACAACGCACAAGGUGCGCACAACUAUGGAAAUAGUAAAAGACGCUAAGAAAUGUUUAGGAGAAGUAUGGCCUUUCAGCAUUAAAGGAAAAAAUUGUGAAUAUUAUGUUAAUAAAUGGCGUUAUGGAAAAGGAUUCUCAGAUCAGGUAACUUGCUGGACCAUAUUCCUCGUAUUAGUGGGUUUCCUAAUAGCAUUCAUCACAGGGUUCAUUCUUGGAUUAUGCCUUGUCAAGUGACACAUGCAGAACUCCUGCAUCUUCCUCAUCUCAGAUAUAAAAGGAUCACAAUGAGUGGCAAUGGUUGUCAGGGUACUACCAUCAUUGCCUCCAUGAGGGAUAGGAACGAAUACCGCCGAUGAAUUGCAUCCCUUCGUCAUUCAUUACGGUCCCGGUCUUUUCAAUGAAACGACUGAUACAACGACGACGAAUAAGAAAACAAGUUCCGACCAAGUCACCAGGGUUGAUGUGUUGAACAUGGAGAGGUUCAUGAAAUCUCCAUUUCAGAAACCCAGAAACCAAUAAACAGGAGAACCCCGAAUUAGAGAAUACGAGGUAAACCGGCGCCUCCUGCACAUGUGAAACCAGUCAUCGUGUGGAAUUCUGCGGCCAGUAAUAAUCACAAUAUGCCACACGAGUGCCAAAGGGAGGCCUAGUCAGCACCGUUUUGAAGAACUUAUACGUGAAACGUGUAACAUUUUGUUCCCCUAUGGCCCAUUUUCACCUCACUGACUGAUCUUUAUUUUCCCCAUUGCGUAUGAAUAUGUGAGGAAAAUAGUAAUUAUUUAAAGUCCCCGUUUUGACCAAUUAAAAUGUGAAUAACGAUUCCCUUUGGCUCAUAAAAUUACACGUUUACGUUCAAGUUCUCACAAAUACGUGCAUCUAACCUCUCUAUUGUCAAAUCACGUAAUCGAAUCAUGCGAGUAUAGUGUGUCCAAUAUGUCAUUGGAUCAUUUACCUCUCAAGGACCAUUGUUCCAUUGAAUAACUCACGGCACUAGUACCAAUGUGUCAUUGAAUAAUGCACAUUACGGUACCAUAAGUAAUCGUAAUACGCCAGUCAUCACUGCCAUUAGGGAGUUUAAGCUUUCACUAUUUUUCGAAACCUAAACGUGAACGGCAAGUUUUAAGCGAUGCAUUUGUAUGGGCGAUUGGUCAUACGUAUAGGUUGGCGUUUCGAUUUUAUAUGCAAGCUUAAACUCCCUAUUAUGUCAUCGAAUCUUCCA